AUGGAGCUGCUGGCCGUGCUGGGCUGGGCCCUGCUGCUCCCCGCGGCGCUGGGGCAGGGCUGUCCCCCGCCGUGCAGCUGCCGCUCGCUGUCCCCGUCCCCGUCCCCGUCCCUGUCCCUGCCGGAGCCGGGGGCGCUGCUGGUGGACUGCAGCUCCCGGGGCCUGCGCUCCGUGCCCCCGCUGCCCCGCCGCGCCCGCGGCCUGCUCCUGCACAACAACAGCCUGGCCUCAAUCCCCGCUGGGACCCUGGACAGCCUGCGCCACCUGCGGCACCUGCAGCUCGGGGACAACCCCUGGCAUUGUGACUGUCGCAUCCUCUACCUCAGGCUGUGGCUCCAGGAUUUCUCGGCGCCCGCGCUCGCCCAGCUCAGGUGCGCCAGCCCCGCUCACCUGCGCUCCAAGGCGCUGGCGCAGCUGGCCGGCAGUGACCUGGGCGCUUGUAGCAGGCCUCCCCCGCCACUCUGCCUCCAGUUCUUCUGGAGAGACCUCAUCUUAAUCGCUGGAGCCGUAAUUACCCUUCUGUUAGCGGCGUGGGCCCUGAAGUUCUCCAAGAAGCUGGUGUGCCAGCUCGCCCUCGGGGGCCGGCGGCUGAGGAGGAGCAUCCCCAAAUCCCGCAAAGCACAGUGA